ACACGUUAGUUCAAGCUUCAUAAUAUAUAACGAAAGCUGUUAUUAUAGCAAUAAGUUCAAUGGAGUUACGUGGCUUAAAAAUAAUAAGCAUUCUCUUUUAUUUUGUGACUAUUUCGGCUUUUUUAAGCGGUGGAAUCGACGUAAUUUAUCCUUCAGUUAUAACACUAAGAUCUGGAGCGAAAAUUCUCAAAUUUCGACUUUUAGAAGAGGAUGUAGAGUUGAGAUUGGAACCGGCUGGCAAAGUCAUUUCGGAUAAUUUUACUGUUGUAAAUGGAAAGGGAGAAAGAGAUGAAUCGAUUGAUGUGAAACAGUUAAAGAGCAAGUUGUAUAAAAAUGAAAAGAUAGGAGCAGCUCUUCAUAUAGACGAAGGAAAAUCAUUAAAAGUUCAUGGAAUUAUAAAUUCCUAUCUAAGAAUUGAACCGUUUGGGCCAGAAGAAAUGGCCAGGAAAGGGAAAAGAGCGCAUCAUAUUAUAGAACUUAAGAAAGAUAAAAAUGUUUACAUUAAAGAUCAAGUAAUUCCGAAGAAAUUAGAAAAGUUAUUAAAUCCCAAAGCGAGAAUAUUAAAUAGUAACGAAUGCCUGGUAAUAAAAUAUGUAUUUAUAACUGAAAGUACCUUUACAGAGAGUUUCAUCGAGAGGAAUAUCGGGUUAACAGAUUAUGUAGCAACUAUGUUUGUCCAAGUUCAAAAUCUUUUUAAUACAUUAGAAUUAAACAUAGAAAUCUGUAUGGUUGGAAUUUUAGCUUAUACGAAAUUGGACGAAGCUUCCUUUAUCGAACAGAGCGUUAUUCCGGGGUAUGAAGAAUAUUUGAAUUGUGAGGAUUUGUUAGAUAACAUGGCUAUUUAUUUUUACAGUAAUCCUAUUGAAUAUCGACAUGUUGAAUGGGCUGAUAUGGUCAUACUUUUGGUAAAACGAAAAUGGGGUGACUUGAUAAAUGGCGAUGUUUAUGCUAAUACUGCAGGUAUUUCGUUCGUCGGAGGAGUCUGCGAUGGAAGGUACAAAUACGGAGUCUGCGAAGACGAUGCAAAUUUUAUGGAGAGAGCCGAUACCAUCGCUCAUGAAUCAGGACAUUUACUGGGAUGCCCUCACGAUGGCGAAGGUCCCGCUCCGGGUAUACCGCACAGUCCAGGAUCAGAAGAGUGUCCUGAAAGUCAAGGAUAUUUAAUGAGUAGUAGCCAAAGCAAGGAAAACGGGCAGAAAUUUUCACCGUGCUGUCGAGAAAACGUUCAGAAUUUGUUAUUAUGGAUAGAAACAGCUCAAUCUAUUAUACAAAUCUGUAAAUUUGAGGGUGACGAUAAUGAUAAUCAUUAUUACAACGAUGAAGAUUAUCAAGUAGACAAUUAUAAUGCCGAUAAUGAUUAAUGCAAUCAUUUUAAAUUUUCUUUGUAAAAUUCAGCAUUUUGUCUGUAAUUUGCUAGUAAAAAUUAUAAAAUAUUAUGGAAUAUUUAUUCAUAAGGCUUUACCAUUGAAAG